UGCAUCCCUUCAACUGAUCUAAAAUACCCUUUCCCAUACCAGUCCUCUUCUGUUCGGUAGCUAGAGCCUCAAGUCAAGCCACAUAUCAAACAUGGUUUCUUCCACGCUGACUCUGGCAUCCUUGGCCAGCAUUCUCCCCUCUGCCCUCGCGGGAUUCAACGGCGAUUCUCAGAGCAAUGUUGCUGUAUAUUGGGGUCAAAACUCUUACGGCCAAGCAAGCUCCCAGCAACGCUUAGCUGAAUACUGUUCAAAUGAUGAGAUCAAUAUCAUUCCGAUAGCUUUCUUGAACGGCAUUAAGACCCCGAUCACGAACUUUGCCAACGCUGGAGACAACUGCACGGCAUAUGCAGGUACCCAACUCUUAAACUGCCCGCAGCUGGAAGAGGACAUCAAGACAUGCCAGUCUCAGGGAAAGACUAUCAUCCUGUCCAUCGGGGGAGCGACAUACACUGAAGGUGGUUUCUCAGACUCCUCGUCAGCUGAGAGCGCGGCUCAGUCUGUAUGGGAUCUGUUCGGUUCAGACACGAGCAAGCCCAACAGACCAUUCCUCUCUGCCGUCGUCGAUGGCUUCGAUUUCGACCUCGAAUCUACGACUCAGAACUUCGUGCCAUUCGCUUCCAAGCUGCGUUCGCUCAUGGAUGCCGAUGGUAGCAAGACGUACUACCUCUCCGCGGCGCCUCAAUGCCCGUACCCGGACGUCGCUACGAACGACAUGCUGAAUGGCGCGAUUUCGUUCGAUUUCAUCAUGAUCCAGUUCUACAACAACUACUGCGGUGUUUCAUCCUUUACACCGGGAUCCACGACCCAGAACAACUUCAACAUUCAAACUUGGGACGACUGGGCUAAGAACACCAGCAAAAACAAGGAUGUUAAAAUCUUUAUUGGCGUCCCAGCUAAUACCGGCGCCGGUAGUGGUUACCAACCCGCCUCCGCAUUGGACCCAAUCAUCCAGUAUUCGAAGCAAUUCUCGAGUUUCGGCGGUGUGAUGAUGUGGGAUAUGUCACAGCUGUAUCAGAACUCAGGAUUUCUCGACUCUGUCUAUGCUUCGCUCACCGGAUCUGGGGCCGCUAAGGCUAAGGCGAGAGCUCCUACGACCUUGGUAACUAAAACCAAGGCGGCACCCACCCCUGUCGCUUAAAUAAGUUGUGAUUGUGAGUAUACUACCGCGACCUAAACGCAGAUUAACCGCCGAUCAUUGUGGAUUAGGUACAAGGUGGUGACAGCAUAGGGUUGGCUGCGUCGUUCGUUAAAUUUGCCUUCUUGGAAAUUCGUGUAUAUAGUUACCGUUUCGUAUGAUGUAUAUAGUCUCUUAUAGCUUGAAGCAUGUAUAUAGGUAUAUAUGGUAUAUAUAUAAGGUAUAUAUGGUGGGAUAAACUCGCCAACUCGCAUAUUAUUUCGCCAUCUUCAUAAUGUUGCUUUAAUGUUCCUGAAAAUGGGGUAUUGCAUAGGCUGAUGGGUCGACGGCAGGGUUUACUAGGGUUUACAUUUCUAGCCCCCAAUAUCUAAAACGUCC